AUGGCCAAAUCACUACGAGCUAAGAGUCACUUAAAGGCUAAAUCUGUCAAACGUAAUGCAGAAUUCCAGAAAGUGGUCGAUGAACGUGGAAAGAGAAUAUCUGAAAAAUUGCAGCAAGAUUUAAUCAACCAAAAAGUGAAACAAUUGAAAGAACAAGAUCCAACUAAGGAUGCUAUGGAAAUUGAAGAAAUAAGUAAUGACAACAUAGAAAAAGAGGGCGAACCUGUAAAGGUAAGCACAUCUGGUUGGAGAGAUGCCAGACAUCACAACUACAAGAGAAAUAAGAAACUAAGAAAAACUAAGAAGAAGGGCUCUUUUACCAAAUUUUAG